AUGUACAAGGACAUUGGCGGGAAACCGAAACUUGCACCCAAGAAGCAGCUCUCGGUCAACAAGUGUCUCGGUCUCAUUCGCGAUCUCCUGCACGCUGAAAUGGUGGAGGAUUCUUUCGACUACUUCCGGAUGCUCCGCCAAUGCUGGCGAUUGCUACGCGCUGCAAGUGUCCCUUGUCAGGACGGCCUCAUCCGUAUCUAUGGGCCAGACUACAUCGAGAGGGAGAGCCAGCGACCCUUCGUUAUUGGCUACGUUCUGAUGUGGGCAUCUUCGGCCCAAGAAUUGGGCGAUUUGAUGCCUUCGAAGCGACCAGGCGUGUAG